AUGGCUUCUGCGAUAGAUGAAGAACCAGACUUCGAUGUUGUUGCUAAAGCUGUGGACCAAAUAUCCCAAUCGGAGGGCCAUAUUUCGCUCUCGCAUGCCGCUCUGGCUGCACAGCUCCGGAAAAUCCCCAAUAUUCCAGUUAUACAACGGGGGGCUCACAUUCGGGCUGACACCCAGGCUCUUCGGACAGACAUGAAUCAACAGUUCGAAGGGGUGGAUCGACGGAUUGAAGGGAUGGAUCAACGGUUUGACGGGAUAUCCCGAAUUCUCGAGGCGAUACUUGACAAGCUUACGAAGCUCGAGCGAUCGUCCAAUAAACAGUUCCAGGAGAUCGAGAAACAAUGCCAAAUGACCAACAAACAGCUGCAGAGCACUAAUCAACGCUUGCAGAACUUCGAACAGCAGACCAACCAACAGUUCCAGGAGAUCGAGAAACAAUGCCAAAUGACCAACAAACAGCUGCAGAGCACUAAUCAACGCUUGCAGAACUUCGAACAGCAGACCAACCAACAGUUCCAGGAGAUCGAGAAACAAUUCCAAAAGACCAACAAACAGCUGCAGAGCACUGAUCAACGCUUGCGGAACUUCGAACAGCAGGCCAACAAACAGCUGCAAAACGUCGAACAGCAGCUAGCUGAUAUGAAACUACGACAAGAAUCAGUGUCAGUAGCCCUCCAUGAUUGUAAACAUCCUCAGGUAAAUACUCUAAUACUGACUCUCUCUCCACAGGGAUUAUAAUGGUUUAGCUCGUGUAGAGAACAGUUCCAUCACCAGGUGUGACGCGCAGUUGAGCCCAUUGAGGACGGCACAAAACACACCUGUUGCUGAUUUUCCUCGUUCACUAUAUUACCUGGAUCACCUAAGCGGUAAGCUCUACUAUCCAUCUUCUCUGACAAUUUUCAGCUAACAUGCAGUCCAUUAGAGGAAACUAUCAGCAUUCUCUUCAAGGCCUAUAAGCUACCAGAGGAGGGAACCCUUACUGCCCGUAAGCUCCGACUGAGAAGUUUCAUCGGUGUUACUAUGUAACAUUUAGCCCGUUAUCUUCCCCCACCCCAUUCGCCUUGCAUUCAGUUGUCCACUGCCAGUAUGCUUUUCUUUCUAUGGCCGGUUUGCAUGGCCGGGGUGCUCUGAAGGGUUAUAUUCGCUCCAUAAGGGACCUGUCCUACUAUUACUAUAUGCUUUUGUUUUGGCUUUUUCAGUAUUACUACGGCUGGGAUUUAAUCUCUUUUUUCUCUCUUAUUCUUAUUCCUCUACAUUGGGCUAUCUUAUGCCGAUAUGUUUUUCUUUUCCCUGUUGGUUUGCAUAACCCAGAGUGUUUUAGAGGUUACAUUAGCUCAAUGAGAACUUGAUAUUACUACGCUCUCCCACCUUUUGCUUUCUUCCAAAAAAAUAAAAAAAUCCUAGCGCCAGACCUCCCCCAUAGAACCCACACACCAUCAGCCUAGAGGAACAGGAUUUGCUAUCAGGUACGUUCCCACUAUAGCAGAUGACGGGGAAUCUGAAUUUCGCACCAGAAGGAAAACCUGGGUGCAUUCGUAGACCUUUACAGACUAGGGAUAACCCAUAACUUCCUCAGCCUAUGCAGAAAGAAUCACGGCAUCAACUAUUUCCAUAUCGUGCCAUAUUGCCCACAAGGGAGG